AUGCUGCAGCACCACCGGCCGAGGGCCCUUGUCGCCUUGGCCUACCUCCUAUUUCUUAUCAACCUCCCCCACGCCGUCGCCGAUGCGCAGUGCUAUGCCGUCAACGGCCAAAAGAGCUCCGGCACGCCCUGCAACGCCGCCGCCACCGGCCAGUCGGGAUCGCAUGCCGCCUGUUGCGACGAGAGCAAACAGGAAGCCUGUCUGGCCACGGGCGUCUGCUUCGCCACCCAGCGCUCCGACAACAACACCUUUUGGGCCGAGGGCUGCACCGACCCUACCGGACUCGACCCGGCGUGCCCGCAGUACUGCGGCACCGCGAGCCCCAACAUUUACGUGACGGCCGGCACGCCCAUCCAGCCCACGUACACGGUGAUGUCGUGCGGGGGCAGCGCCUGGUGCUGUUGCUUUGACAGCUUUGGCAAGUCCUGCAACAAGACGGACUGCUGUGCGCAGAAGAACUUUACACUGGCGCGGGGACUGGGGGCCGUGGUGCGGCAGUUUACGGCCGUGCCGACGGCCGACAACGCGUCGACGACGACAGGGGCCGCGUCAUCCCCCACGGGCCGCUACGACGGCAACGGGGGCGGCGGCCGCUUCAACUUCGACCGCAGCCAGCGGCUGGUGACAGUCAUUGUCGCCGGCGUGCUGGGUGCUCUGCUGCUGGCGGCUCUGGUGGCCCUGGGCUUCUCGUACAGCCGGGCACGGCACUUGCGCCGCCAGGUCGAUCGGCUGCAGCAACAAGAAAAAGAGGCGCUCCUCAUUGCCUCGUCGUCGCUGCCUCCCUCGUCGGCUGUGCCCUCACCACUCUCCACGCGCGUACGUUCUCUCCGCAUCAACACACAAGGACUGGCCGGCCACGGAGGCGCACCCCAUCCCAGUGCCAUGCAGGACGAGACGGUCUCGCCCAUGUCCCACGAACAGUUGCAUCAUCUUCAGCAGCAGCAACAACAACAACAUCAGCAGCAGCAGCAUUUGCAGCAGCAGCAGUACAGUGCUGGCGGCAUUCGUCGCAGCUCUUCAUCGAGCGUUCACCAGCCACCGCCACCGUUCACUCAGCAGACACAGCCAUACCAGAGCCAACACCAACCAUAUGUUCAGCAGCAACUCAACGGCUUCAGUUUCACGACAACACCGCGGACACCGACUUGGAACCACACGGGCUCGUUUCGCCACAACAGUGUCGACAACAACAUGACCGGAGGCGCACUGGGACCCCAGCACGGACACAGCAGUGUACAUGGGAAUGCACCCAACACGGCUGAACUGGCCAGCCCCAUGCCCGUUACUGAGCUGCCCGCUGAAAAGUACACCUACUGA